AUGGAUGAUACGCCGGCACCUGGCCAUAAUAAACAGUAUACGGACGAAGAAGAGCAACUAUUAACGGUGCUCAAAUUGUCCGGCCUCUCCUGGCGGGAAAUUGAAACAGAGUACAACAAGAGCGUCCCCACAGAUCGCCAGCGUACAGCCUCUGCUCUUGAGAACAAAUGGAGACAGCUUUUUAGGCAGUUUACCAAUGAUUCAACAACGCAGUUCAUGCUCUGCUGA